CCGCCGGCCCGUGAGCUUCCUCUCUCUCGGUUUGGCCGUAGUAGUGAGGAACAUGAGCCUUGUCCAAGGGCGCCAGUCCUUUGAAGAGAUCCUGACCGAUCAGCUCGACGGGCUGAAGUCCGCUGUCCUUGCGGCGCAUGGGAGUGUACUGGAGGAUCUUCAACUUCGUGUCCAGGGCGGAUGCUGCGAGACGCCCAUGAUCCAUGAGCUCCGGGAGACUCGCGAGCAGCGUGUGCCGCGCGAGCGGCUGAGUGUAGAGGAAGAAGAAGAGCUGCUUCAACGGGGUCCACAAGAACUGAUGAUUUUGAUGGACUCCGCUCCUGGGAAGUUUAUGGAAGAAACGUUGUCGCCUGGACCUGUUGACCGGUGGUAUGACCUCUAUAUGCACCUGCGCUCCAAAUCUCGGCGCCCACCUGUAGCAGAGCCCUCGCAGCUGACAAUCUUGGAGCCAUGGACUGCAAAGUUUUCAUUCAAGGCGCUUCAGAAGGGGCUAUCUCGACCGAUGUUCAAGCGCCGCCCGUCCUUGACCCUGGGCGACACCAUGCUUGAUAAGCGGUGGCUCUUUCGGAAGAUCACGCUGACUCCACACGGAAACGCCCGAUUGGCAUGGACAUUCUUUGGGCUUUUAGCGAUUUGUUGGGAUCUGAUUUUCAUUCCUUUGCAGAUGUUCGACAUCAACGCGGAGGUCGACAACCUCAUCAACGUGGUGUCUGUGGCCAUUUUUGUCUACUGGGUGCUGGAUGUGCCAGCGACCUUCAUCACUGGCUUCGAUCGUGCGGGAAUAUUAGAAAUGCGGAUCCACGAGAUUGCGCGGAAUUAUGCCAAAGGCUGGCUUGGGCUGGAUGUUACCGUACUGGUCUUAGACGUGAUGAUCUUCGUGGUGCUGAGCUUCAACACUGAAAGCGAGAGCGGCAGCAAUGAUUCCAUGGGCUCCUUUCGCCUGGCUCGCGCCUUGCGCUUGAUGCGGUUCUUGCGACUUCUUCGCCUGCACAAGAUGGCGAACCUGGCGGCCGAAAUCCUUGAUCGCUUCAAAACAGACAGCUUCCUUCUCACCAUGAAUAUUCUUCGAAGCCUUGCGGCCGUCCUGGCCUUGAAUCACUACAUGUCCUGCGCCUUCCUUGGGCUGGCACUGUUCGCUGCGGAAGGCGAACUCACAUGGAUUGAAAUCGCUGAGCUACAGCAUAUGGAUUUCUUGACACAGUACUUCUCGGCUUUGCACUGGUCUCUGACGCAGUUCAUGCCGGCCACGAACAACAUUGCGCCCAACACGGCCCCUGAGCGGAUCUACGCGAUUUUUGUGGUGCUCAUCGGCCUGGCUGUCUUCUCAUCCUUUGUGAGUGGGGUGACCAACACUGUCAACCAGCUCCGGCAAAUCCAUACUGAGCACUUCAAGCAGGAAAGCCGAAUGAAGUCAUUCUUAACGCAGAAAUCGGUCUCUGUGGAUGUGUGGUGUCGAGUGCAAAAAUUCUGCCGCUUGCGGAUCCUUCUGGACAAAAUGUCACUGAAAGAAGGGGAUAUCCCCAUGCUCCAAGAUUUGCCUCAUGGCUUGCGGGUGAAGCUCCAUGCAGAGAUCUAUAUGCCGAUUCUGGUUUCAGCGAACUGGAUGCCAUCGGAUGUGACAGAGAUCGAUGAGGAGCUCAUGCUGAAGCUUUGUGACAAAGUAUUGCUGGAGAAGGUGGCAUCGCCCAUGCAGGAGAUUUUCUUGGAACGUGGGGAAUGCCCAGAGGUGGUGAUUCCCACGGCGGUUCCUCGCCAGUCCCUCAUCUAUUGGAGCUCUCGUCUGAAAGACUAUGUCAGGGUGGAGGAGGGCACCUGGCUUUGCGAGCUGAGCCUUUGGGCAAGGUGGGAGUAUCGAGGCCAACUGGAUACCGAGGAGGUCUCGCACUACGUGGUAAUCCCUACGCAGGAAUUUGCCUUGGCGGUCACCAAAGCAGGCGGUUCACUCUUCCAGCUGAUCCGAACGAUAGGCCUGCUCUACAUUGCCAAGGCGGAGUCUCAAGAUGCAAACUGUGACGGAAUUCCCUUGACGGACCUGCCAUUGUUGUCCGAGUCGGACGCCCAGGACGUCACGGAUCGUGCUAAGCGGUUUGGUCAACUGCGAUUGUCACCCAGGAAAGCGUCGAACGCAAGCUUGGGCGGCCUUUUUGGAGGUGGAAGGGUGCACAUCUGUGUGUCGCAGUCAGAGGGCCGGAACUGAAGUAUAUAAAGAAUUGACAAAUGCCCCUAGUAGCGUCCCCUUGUUCCUAGUAGCGAUGCCCUUGUUCCUAGUAGCUUCUUGCUCCUAGUAGUAAGGCCAGGAGCCCCUAGUAGCGUCUUUGCUCCUAGAAGCGUCUUUCACGAUUUUUUGACGAUUUGAAGUUGCUUGGAACGACAUUGUUCCACAGAGGGCUUGCUCGUUCGAUCUCGUUCAUGCUUUCCAAUGAGACAAAUUGGUUUGGUACGAGCGUCCAGAUUUGUUCCUGUGAGCACAACCGCAGGUGGUUGGAACCGCUGGGUGAUGUGGUGUUUGCUCUCACAGCUUUUUGGCUUCCAUGUUCUCGUUGGACUUAGGUCGUCGGAGCUCCUUUAACGCUGCUUGAUGUUUACCUCUUUAGUGCCUCACUUGGCCAAACCUGAUGUGUCACCUGGAUCAGCGUGAAAUCUUGGACAUCCGAAGGAUCUUCCACGGUUUCGCCCGGAACAAGAUUUCCUGGCCACUUCGGUCGGUGACCGUGCGGCAUUAAAAGGGCCGAAGUUUCAAGCUGUUCAUCCCAGUGGCUGCCGGCUGACCAACUUUGCUGACUUGGUGCCUUCUAGAGUUUGGACUGGCUAGCAUCAGGCCCAGAGAGAGCAACCACUUCC